AUGGCUCAGGCUCCCGCGAAUCGUCGUGUGUCGUCGUUGCCGUCUGAGUUAAUCGAAGAGAUACUUUGCAGAACUCCGGUUGAGUCUUUGCUCCGAUUCAAAACGACGUGCAAGCAAUGGUACGCUCUCCUCAGCAGCAACACAAAGUUCAUGCAAAAGCAAUUGGAUCAUCACAGUCACACUUCCGAACGAUUCCUAAGAAUCGAUAACGAUCAGUCGGUUCAAAUCAUGGAUCUUGCGACCAGAGUCCUCUCAAAUUCACCAAUCCCAGACGUGUUUCUUUAUCCGUAUCCGAUUUCUUAUAUGGUUCACUGUGAUGGACUAAUGCUGUGUAGAUGUGAUGAUCUGAAUCACGGACGAGACAAAUACGUCCGUAUGGCGGUUUGGAAUCCGUUUUUGAGGAAAGUGAAAUGGAUCCAACCAUUGGUUUGUUACGAGAAAAUGGAACGUUUCGGGAUUGGAUACAACACGGCCUCUCGUGAUAACUACAAAAUCUUGAGGUAUGGUUAUAAGAAAUGGUUUCCUCGUGUUAAAACAUGUGAGAUCUAUGAAUUCAAGACUGAUUCAUGGAGAGGUACUGAAGCUGAGUUUGAUGCGGAUGUAGCUGUGGAGUGGGGAAGUGUGUCUGUGAAGGGUAAUAUGUAUUGGAUUGCUGCAAAGAAGAGACAUUAUUUCAUUUUAAGCUUUGACUUCUCCAUGGAAACAUUCAAGGACAUAUGCGAUUGUCCUCCCUUUUGGAACUGUAGACGAUUAGGAUGUUUCAGUGGAGAUAGACUUUCUUUGUUAAUACAAGAUGGAGGGGAAGCAAGAGACAUUAAGGUGUGGAUGACAAACAAGUUGAGUGACGAGGUCGUUUCGCUUACCAAUUAUUUCAAUGUCACUAGUAGACCUGGUCUUCCACGGUUACAGUUGAAUCCUUAUUCGACUCGUCCGGGAUACUCCAUUGGAAAACAUAGAAAUAUCAUGGCAUGGAGUGAGGGAUAUGUACAAGAAGCUGGUGUGUGGUAUACUUCCAUCAAGUUUUACGAAAUUGACGAAGAUCGCGUCGGAGAGCCAACUGAGACAGGAAAACAUUUACAAGGUGACUACCAUAGCCCAUUAGUUUGUAGCUAUGUCUAUGUUCCAAGUCUGAUUCCGGUUCCAGAGCAAUAG